AUGGGCAGCUGGCUGCCCCAGAAACAAGGGGCAGAUCAAAGCAGGAGAAGUCCAACAUCUGCAGCAACCAAAGCAAUAGACACAAACAAACAAUGA